AUGACGGACCUCGGUAGCAGCUCAGAUACGCUCGAGGAGAUCGACGACCCUUCCGAGCUCCUGUCACGGCCGCUCGAGCCCGUUCCGCUGGUCAAGCCUCCGCCACAAGAGCCAUCGCAUACAAGCCCGCAGCGGAAGCGCUUGCUCCCGCCGGGCUACGGCACUUCCACUGCCAAUGGGAGCUCGUCUGGUUCUUCGCGACCAGCCGUAUGGAGGCCUGCCAACGCCAGUAUGCCCGCCGCGUCGUUUUCUGGAACAUCCUCGGCAAACGACAUGAUCAUCGGAGGCAGCGGUGCUCGCGUUCCCACUCAAUUCCUCGACUCAAACGGCAGCUUUUCAAAAUCGUCACAACCGCUCCAUUCGGUCCCGUCUUCUGCGUCGAGCUCUUCAUCGCAUGCUCCGCAGAUGCCAGGAGCGUUCCCUGCAUCCAACCAGAAGCCUCCCUCCGCAGCAUUCCAAGCAUCUGCAUCGUCGACUUCGAAAGCAGCGCCUCCGAGCUCCUUCUCCAAGUGGAACGAUCGGCCAGUGGUCGACCUGACGCUAGACAGCGACGACGAGGACGAAAAGAAGCCAGCAGGCAUCAACGGCGGCUCGAGCAGUACCCCGAUCCAUGUGCAGGACCGCAAGCCCCACGCUUCCGCAGAGUCAUCCGCAGGUUCUUCGGCUUUGAUGCUUCCGCAGGGCAACGGCACCACUGGGAAUGCAUCCUCGUCAAAGACGGCUUUGCCCGUUGCGGACGAUGAUGACGAUGAGCCAGUCCUCGUCUCCCUCAAGACGAGAACGCCAGAGGAGUUCGAAAUAGAUCACGUCAAGUCCAACGCGAUCGUAUGUGCAGGCAUGAUCAACGCCGUCGUCCUGUGCAUGCACGGUCUGCCGCCGUCGCUCACUUUCGAUGGCACAUCGGGCCAAGAGCCCCCUGCGGAUCCCAACUUCAGCCGCGAGAACUGGCUCGGCGCAUCGCGCUUUUGGGUCGAGCCUGGGUUCAGACCCGUGAUGCUGCAUCUGUCCAAUCCGUCCGGCUUACCGCCCUCGAACAGGUCGCUGCCGGGAGGCUGGUCGUACACCGCCAUGCCGGCUCAGAAAACCGAGAUCAACGUCAGUGUGAUCAUUCCCCCUCGCGCUCGGUUCCCGCACUUGUCUCCCGAGGACGCCAAGAAGGAAGGUCCGGCUGUGGAACCGGCGUUCGGUAUGCUCGCAGAGAAGUUUGUCACCUCGAUGGAGCCCUUGCUUCGCCUGAACAAGGUCCGCUGCGAGGCUCGCUGCAGGAUGGUACCCACCGGACGAGGGCAGAACUUUCUGCAUUACCUCGAGGUCCUCUUAUUCGCUCGUCGCCCCGAUCUCAACCUGGUUUCGGACCGCCUGUCGGCGUACGGCAUUCAGCUCGAGCAUCCUCUUUCCUACUUUCCGGAGGACUACCCUACCGAGCCGCAGUAUCAGAACCCGCACAAUCCGCCAGUGGGCGGGAUGCGGAACGACGCGGGGAUGUAUAGCGGCAUCUAUCGCGGCGCUGGCGUCGGAACGAGCGUCCAGAAUCGCGAGCUGACGGAGAAGGAGAAGAAGGCACAGGUCGAUGCCAUCUACUCGAGCAUCCGGAGUGGCGAGGACUUGGCUGCUGUAGAGCCGGUGGAGCUCAUUUCGACCAAAUUGCUCCAACACCAAAAGCAGGCGCUUGGCUUUCUGCUCAAUCGCGAAAGGGAUCGCCGCUGGCCGGAGCUGCUUGUGGAACCUGCCAUCGAGGUGGACGCGGAGGAAGACGCUGGAAGCGUUAAGAAUGGGUCGGUCAAGGCCGAGCCUUCCCAGAGCAGCCGCAACGGCUCCGGUCCGAGCGAUUCAGCCCGGAAAGACGUCAAAGGCAAGGGCAAGGCUGAAAAGGCGGUCGAUGAGGACUCCAUCUCGCUCUGGAAGGUGCGCAAAGGCAUGAACGGCAAGGUGCGGGCCUGGCGCAACUUGAUCACAGACCGAGAGACGAUGAUGCAGCCUCGCAUCUGUCGCGGCGCCAUUCUGGCCGACGACAUGGGCCUAGGCAAGACAAUUACCACCCUCGCCCUCAUCGCGCACACUCGCAAGGAGGCCAAAGAGUUCGGACUGUCCAAAGUGGAGCGCGAUGCUAAGGUCGAGCUCACGCAAGCGAUGCAGUUGGCGAGCGUCUCCAGCGCCGCCGUGUCUCGGGAGGCAGAAAGACGCAACGGCGUCGGCAAGGUCCACAGCCGCCAGGCGAUCAGGCUGCACGAUUCAGACGACGACGAGCCAAUGACGGACGCGGACGCAGAGAGCGACCCAGACGACAGCGACUCGGCGCCAGCCAUGUCGCUGGCCGUCCACGGCGCACCCGCCGCUGCCAAGACAAGCCCGGCGAAAGGCAAAGGCAAGAAGCCGAAGAAGGACAAGAUCGAUCCCGAGGCUUUGCAGCGUAAACAUCUUGAGCGUCGCAGUCGCGCCACGUUGAUCGUUUGCCCCUUGUCCGUGGUAUCUAACUGGGAAGAGCAGUGCAAGGAGCAUUGGCAUCGACGUAAGCUGCCGUCGAUCUACAUCUACCACGGUCCGUCGCGAGCCACCAACAUCAAGUGGAUUGCCGAUCACGACAUCGUCCUCACGACAUACUCGACACUCGGAUCUGAGUUCUCGCACCAGACUACGUGGAUGACCGAGGACAACCGCAAUGAUGACGAGAAGAAGAAGGCCUUUGGCAAAGCCGCCGCUCGCGAGAGUCACUCGCCUGACGAUGAUGAUGACGACGAUGACGUCUUUAUGGUCAAUGGAGAUGGCGAUCCGAUCGAAGGUACGAAUGGCAAAUCGAGCACGGACAAGAAAGGCAAGAAGCGUCGACGAAAGCCUGCCAAGGAAGCACUCAAUCCUCUACAGCGGAUCGAAUGGUUCCGCAUCGUUCUCGACGAGGCGCACACAAUCAAGGGUGCCGGCACGUGGCAAUCGAGAGCCACAUGUAACCUCUCUGCGCAGCGUCGACUCUGCCUGACGGGUACGCCAAUCCAGAACACGAUCAACGAUCUUUACGCCCUCGUCAAAUUUCUCCGCCUCGAGCCAUUCAUGGAUCGCGCCAUGUGGAACGAGUUCUGCGGCCAACGCGAGACGUAUCAUUUGCGGUCGAAAGGCAAAGACGACGAGCCGAUCGACUCGGCCAAUGUCGGCCACGUUCAGAUCUUGAUGAAGUUCUUGGCGCUUCGUCGUCAAAAGACGACAAAGACGGCCGAUGGCAAGAUGCUUCUCACACUGCCACCUAAGCUGAGCAAGACGGAGUACCUCGACUUUGAAGAACGGGAGAAGGCGCGCUACCAGGCGCUGCACGACAAGUACCGCGAAGACUUCGAGGAGAUGAUGGCCAAGGAUUCGGUUGGCAACAACUAUGCAACGAUCUUGCACGAGAUUCUCAACCUGCGUAUGACCUGCGAUCAUCCCUCCCUGGUCGAUGUUAGCAAGGACGCGAAACUCAGAGGUAUGGGUGCGGACCUGUCCGAGGCGAUCAGGCUAGAUGGCCUAAACCGAGAGAGGGCAGCAAUCCUCUUCGACGUCUUCCGAGAGGGCGAUAUGGCCUUCUGCUCAGAUUGUCAGGCGGAUCUGACGACCAGCUUAGACGGCGAUGGUUCGAAUCGAGAUGCGCAGGAGCUAGCCGACGCGCUUGACAUCGCGGCCUUUGACUCGCGCGAUGGCAAAGGUUCGCGCAAACGAACCAAGAUUGAGCCAGGAUUCGGAUCAGGGAUGACGUCCGGCAUGAUAUCCAGAGAUGGACUGGAGACAGCAGGCGGCAGUGCAGCACGACCUGUUGUGACUCGAUGUCAGCACCUUUUCUGCUCAACCUGCUUCCGCCGCAUGAUCGGCUUCCCUUGGCCAGACGUGAGCGCUUCGGAUGUCGGCAAUUGCCCGUCUUGCCAGCAUUCCUUGCAGCUCGCUCUCGACGCCAUCGAAUUGGAGCCGUCCGAUAUGGUUGGCCUCAAUGGCGAUCAGAUGGAACGCAAGGCGGACGGAGACAGCGACUUCAUCGACGACGAAGUCGAAGCCGAGACAAAGCUCAAGAGGCGUGCAGACGAGGAUUCGGAUUUGGACGAACCGGCCGACGACUUUGACUGGGGCAGCGACGAUGACAUCAAGCCACGAACGAACAAGCCCAAAGCGCCUCGGAAGAACGGCAAGUCGUCCGGCAGCGUCCCUCGACGUCCCCUCGGCGAUCUUUCCCUGGAAGGCCGAAAGGACCUGUCGACCAAGAUCCGCGCGCUCAUCACCGACUUGCUGCCGUUCUCCAAGUGCAAUCCGCACUCGGCGCUGUUCGAUCCGACGGCGCCUCGGCUCCUCCACAUCGACACCAAGACGUCGGAAGAUGAACAGAUUCGAAACCUCGAGGAGCCUGUUGUCGUCAUCCAAAAGCCGCCGCCGGCCGUCACCUCCAGCGGCUUGCUAGGAAAGCUCGAUCAAUCCUACGAAGCCCUCGAGUCCUACGAUCCCGUCAAGAGUGUCGUGUUCUCGCAGUGGACCAAGAUGCUGGACCGUAUCCAGAAAUCGCUCUCACUCACUGGCAUCCGAUACGUCCGACUGGACGGGACGAUGAAGCGAUCCGACCGCACCGCAGCACUGGAGACCUUCCGCACGGAUCCGUGUGUCGAAGUCCUUCUCGUGUCGCUGCGUGCCGGAGGUACCGGUCUCAACCUCGUCACCGCAUGCCGCGCCUACCUGAUGGAUCCCUACUGGAACCCGGCCGUCGAGAAUCAGGGUCUCGACCGAAUUCACCGCAUGGGUCAGACCCGCCCGGUCAUCACGACCAAGUACAUCAUCCGCCAAAGCAUCGAAGAGAACAUGUUGCGGCUGCAGAAGCGAAAGAUGAUGCUCGCCGAGAAGGUGGGCAACAAGCGCCAGAUCGGAGAUAUGGUCCCGGCGAGCGCCCAGGCGAGGCGUGACGAGAGGAGGGAGGAGCUUAGGAUUCUGUUUGGCACUUCGGAUGGUGGGGUCAAGCUGUGA